GGCUCAGGUUGCCGUGGCGGAAGGAAGAAACGGUUACUCCGCGAUAAUCUACACAUAUUCCGCUUCAUAUUCAAUCGGUUUAUUAUUAUUCGGCUCUUAAAUGGUGAAAUUAAGAGCUAGAUGUGUUGUCGUGGGAGACGCAGCGGUGGGGAAGAGCUCUCUGUGUCAGAUGUUCCGCAGCGAUGGCGCUGUCUUUCAGAAGAACUACACCAUGAAUGUUGGUGUGGAGCUGCUGGAGAAAUCAGUGUCCAUCCCAGACACCAGUGAUGCUGUGGUACACACACACACACACACACACACACACACACACACACACUCAUCAUGUCUGCUGAUUGAUUGGUUGAUGUUUUGUCUCUAUCAGGAGUUCUAUAUCUAUGAUUCAGCUGGACGGGAGCCGUUUGCAGACUCCUGUGAGAACAUGUGGAGUCAGCCGUCGCUCAUGUGUGUGGUGUUUGACAUCACCAGCGAAGCCUCGUUCACCAGCUGCAGCCGCUGGAUACACAGAGUCCGGUCACACUGCGAUGGGCUGCAGGUGCCAGGUGUGCUGGUGGGGAAUAAGAGUGACCUGUGGUCCAGGAGGGAGGUGCACACCGCUGCUGCUCAGUCCUGGGCUCAGAGUCACGGGCUGGAGUAUCACGAGACGUCUGCUAAGGAGAUCGGUCAGUACGAAGCUCCGUUCCUGAGUCUGGCUCGAGCGUUUCUCUCUCUCUAUCAGGAUCAGGUCCAGAUCAUCCAGAGUCUGGUCUGACCUCGUCACAGUCCCUAGUAAAGCACAAUACUUUUCGUUUAGAAUGAAAUAUCUGAGUUACUUUUAUAAAUAUCUCCAGUUCCUUUGUUUCUCACGUAUUGACUGACUGCUCUGGGGUUGCCAUGUUGAGAGAAAUCAGGAAUAAUCCGAGUGUGUGUGUGUGUGUGUGUGUGUGUGAACAUGAUCUUUCUAAAUAUCAACGUGUGUUACUCAAAAACACAUUCAGUGUUCCUCAAAAUCAACAAAAACAGUCAAAUGCAAACUGAAUAUUAUACAAACAUGUUAUAAUUAAAUAUGCUAAAUAAAAGAAGAA